AUGUAUACCUCUACUACUGCUAAGCGCAAGGAGCCAAAGGACAAAGACGCCAAGAAGGUGGACGAGCCGGCGGCAACUGCCGCUGAGGAUACAUCAGCGCCAAAGUCAAGGACCAUCCUUCCAAGGAACAAACUUGCGGAUGCCGCAGCUGCGCACCUUCCACAUGGUGCAGCCAAAUCUGUCACCGCCACCCAGAGCUUUCACGAUGCUGUCGAGCACUGCAAGGCCAAGGUAGCCAAGAUAACCAAAGAGUGCCGAAGCGCGAACAGGAAGUAUAGAGAUUUCCAUUUCGACCUGCGAAAUGACGGACGGCACUGCCUUGAUGGACUCACGCAGGACCUAGCGAGCGAGCUGCACCCUGCUGGGGUAGCAAGGGUUGAGGUUUGUCUAUUUUUAUUUAUUUUUUCCUCCCUUGCUUUUACCCCUCGUAAAGAUAAGCUGUGGCUUGAGGGGCUUAGCGCUGAUGGACUGCGGGGUAGGAAAUCUUUGACACGCCCAAGUUUUUUAAGGAUGGUGUCAGUGCGGGUAAGGUUCGCCCGGACGGUAGUGCGGGCUUGUGCCACAGAUAGGUUGUGAGUGCUAAUUAUCGAAAUAAUGAUGAUAAUAGGUGAUAUUCAGCAAGGAGCUGUAAGUGCCGCGUGCCGAGAACCUGCCGGCUGUGAAUCCAACUGAUUGGUGUGGUUAGACGGGCGAUUGCUGGUUCAUGGCCGCAGUGACCACUAUCACAAACGUAUCCGGCCUUGUCGAGAAGAUCUGUGUCGCCCGGGAUGAGCGUAUGGUUCCCACCACCCUAACCCUACUCAACCCUAACCAGGAUGAUUGAUUGGAAAACCUCGUUGCUAACUUACCGCUAUCUCGUAGAGGUGGGUGUGUAUGGCUUUAUUUUUAUGCGCGGUAUGUCGGCCUUAAAUGGAACCCAUGCGACUGGUUUUUCAUUGACUAACGAACUGCGGCUUACUAGAUGGUGAAUGGAUAUCGACCAUCGUCGAUGACCAGCUAUACCUCAAUACCCGGGAGUACCACGACGCCGAUUGGUACGUAAAAGCACAGUUUAGUGGAAAGGAAAAGGAGUACAAUCAGACUUUUGCCAAGGGGUCCAAGGCAUUAUCCUUCGCCAAGUGCGAGGAUAAGAAUGAGACUUGGUUACCGUUGCUGGAGAAGGCGUAUGCAAAGGCCCAUGGCGAUUAUGGUGCGAUUGAGGGAGGCUGGACUGGGUGAGCCUUUGCUCCUUUCCCUGCUCGGUGUGGUGGUGGGUAAUGGUUGACUGAUACAAAGAGUAGUGAGGCGGUCGAAGACUUGACCGGGGGUGUUACAAGUGAGGUUUAUACCUGUGAUGUCCUGGAUAAGGACAGGUUCUGGAAGGAAGAGCUUAUUCUUGCAAACAAGGAUUUCUUGUUCGCAGCUGGUUUAUUGGGAAAUGUGGCUGAGGAGCGAUCCGGAAUUUUGUCCGGACAUGCGUAUUCGGUUCUUAAGGCGAGGGAAGUGAAUGGAAAGCGAUUCGUCUUGAUUAGGUACGGCCUUCUAGGCUCGGUAGUAUCGGACGGAUAUUAAUUGUGUUAGAAACCCAUGGGGAUGCACCGAGUGGACCGGUCCAUGGAGUGAUGGUUCGAAAGAGUGGACGUCUGAGUGGAUGACACUAUUGGAGCAUCGUUUCGGAGACGACGGUGCCUUUUGGAUGUCAUGUAAGCUAGAAACCGUGUCGUUGCGUUUUCGCUCUUAGCUGAUGGUAGCAGACGAUGACUUCCUACACAAAUUUAGUCAGAUCGAUCGUACCCGCCUUUUCGACCCCAGCUGGACUGUCACAAACCGCUGGAUCAGAGUACCAGUGCCAUGGGCAAUGGAAUACAGUCCGACGCGAUUCGAAGUCAACGUUACCACAAAGGGUCCCGUAGUGAUCGUCCUCUCUCAGCUCGAUCAUCGCUACUUCCGCGGCCUCACGGGGCAGUACUCCUUCAACCUCCACUUCCGCAUACACAAGGAAGGUGAGACGGAGUACAUCACUCGCUCACGAUCAAACGUCGGCAUGUCCCGAAGCGUAAACGCGGAGCUCGAGCUGGAGCCAGGAAAGUACACCGUCAUCUUCAAGAUCACUGGUGAGAAGGACCGCGAGGCGCACACUAAAGACAAGGUCGUCAGGAAGACGAAGAAACAUAACAGAAGGAAGUUUUUGCAAAUCGGAAUGAGCUGUGACCUCGCCUUUGCCAGGGCUACAACAGAGCCAGAAGAUGAGGAGGUCAUCACCGAGAUGGCUGUGCGGGCGAAGAAGAAGGAAAAGGAGCGAGCCGAAAAGGAAAAAGCUGGCGGGGCCGACUCAACCGAACAUGAAGGUGCCGGCUCAGGCUGGGGAGCGGGAGUCGGAGCGGGAGUCGGAGCGGGAGCUGGAGCGGUACGGCAAAAGGCUCAACCCGGAAAACGCCCCGGGGGGGGCACGAGGUCGGGGUCAGGACCCGAUAAGACCUCUCCCGCCCCAGACAAAAAAUCAAAGGGUAUGCGGUCCUCCAAGCCUGGCAUGAAGGCCGGCUUCCGUGGGGGCGAGGUAGCAGAUGACGCGGCGGAAGGAGAAGAAGCCGCAAAGGACGGAGAAGGCGAGGAAGAAGAGGAAAGCGGGAGUGAGGAGGGAGAAGAAGAGGAGGGCUCUGACUCUGACUCUGACUCUGACGACGAAGACGACGACGAAGAGAAUUACUGGGAUGCUGUCGCGUGUGUGGGCCUGCGGGUUUAUGCGCAGGAUGAAGGGUUGACGGUUGAGGUUGUUCAUGCUGCCGAGGAGGGCUCCGAUGCGCUUGAUCAGGAUGACCCGGCGAAGGACGCUGCCGGCGAGGUAGGGGAUGGUGAUGAGGAUGAUAGUGGUACUGAAGGUGGAGAGUAA